UGACCGAGGGCAAGCACGCGCGCCUCAGCUGCUAUGUGACGGGCGAGCCCAAGCCCGAGACCGUGUGGAAGAAGGAUGGGCAGCUGGUGGCCGAGGGCCGGCGACACCUGGUGUACGAGGACGCGCAGGAAAACUUUGUGCUCAAGAUCCUCUUCUGCAAGCAGUCGGACCGUGGCCUCUACACGUGCACAGCGUCCAACCUCGUGGGCCAGACCUACAGCUCCGUGCUGGUCGUUGUGCGAGAGCCCACAGUGCCCUUCAAGACGAGGCUGCAGGACCUGGAGGUGCAGGAGAAGGGGUCGGCCACGUUUCAGUGCGAGGUGCCGCUGCCGACCACGGAGGCUGUGUGGUACAAGGAAGAGACACGGCUGUGGGCCAGCGCCAAGUAUGCCAUCGAGGAGGCGGGCACAGAGCGCCGGCUCACUGUCCACAAUGCUUCCACUGACGAUGACGCGGUGUACAUCUGUGAGAUGGCCGAGGGCAGCCGCACGGUGGCCGAGCUCGCAGUACAAGGCAACCUCACCCGAAAGCUCCCGAGAAAGACAGUGGUGCGAGUGGGGGACACUGCCAUGUUCUGCGUAGAGCUGGCCAGGCCAGAGGGCCCGGUCCACUGGCUUCGGAACCAUGAGGAGGUGGUGGCCGGGGGCCGAGUAGCCAUCACCACUGAAGGCACAUGCCACACGCUGACCAUCUCCAAGUGCAGCCUGGAGGAUGUGGGUGAGGUGGCCUUUGUGGCUGGGGACUGCCGGACGUCCACUCAGUUCUUGGUGUCAGCCCCCAGGAAGCCACCACCACACACCCCUGAGGCCCCUGUGGUCAAGGCCAAGACAGAGAGUUCCGUGACUCUCAGCUGGUCCCCACCACCCCAUGGGGACCGCCCUGUCACCAUUGAUGGCUACGUGGUGGAGAAGAAGCGAUUGGGCACCUACACUUGGAGCCGAUGCCAUGAGGCCGAGUGGGUGGCUACACCUGAGCUGACUGUGGACUGUGUGGCUGAGGAGGGGGACUUCCAGUUCCGUGUGUCAGCUGUAAACAGCUUUGGCCAGAGCUCCUACCUUGAGUUCCCGGGGACUGUCCACCUGGCACCCCAGCUGGCUGUGAAGACGCCUCUGAAGGCAGUGGAGGCGGUGGAGGGCAGUGAGGUGACCUUCUCUGUGGACCUCACUUCGGUCUCUGUGGGCGAGUGGUUCCUGGAUGGGCAGGUCCUGAAGGCCAGCAACACAUAUGUGAUCCGCUGCGAGGGCACACGGCAUGUCCUCACCAUCCGCUCAGUACCUGCCAGCCUGCAUGGUGCUGAGCUCAAGUUUGUGGCCAAUGGCAUCGAAAGCAGCAUCCGCAUGGAGGUCCGAGGGCUGACCACCAAGCAUCCAACGGAAGUUCGGGAGGUGCUGGCCCGACUACACGAGGAGGCACAGCUUCUGGCAGAGCUGUCAGACCAGGCUACGGCUGUAACGUGGCUCAAGGACGGCCGAGCACUGCCCCCAGGCCCCAAGUACAAGGUGCAGGCUUCAGCAGGACAGCGGGCACUGCUGGUGCGGGAUGUGGCGCGGGACGACGCUGGCCUGUAUGAGUGUGUCAGCCGUGGGGGCCGCAUCGCCUACCACCUGUCAGUUCAAGCUGCCCUCGCAGGACUCACACCCUUUCUGCACAAAGACUCGGCAGGUGGCUGCGUGGACACGGUGGCCGGGGGUCCGGCCCACUUUGAGUGCGAGACUGCGGAGGCCCAUGUGCCCGUGCGCUGGUUCAAGGAUGGCUUGGAGCUCGGCCACUCCUCGCACUUCUCACAGGAGGAUGUGGGCACACGGCAUCGACUGGUGGCCAACUCAGUCACCAGGCAAGACGAGGGCACCUAUUCAUGCCGCGUGGGCGAGCACUCGGUGGAUUUCCAGCUGCGUGUCUGUGAGCCCACGGUGGUGUUUGCCAAGGAGCAGUCGGCACACAGCGAGGUGAAGGCCACGGCCGGGGCCAGUGCCACGCUGAGCUGCGAGGUGGCCCAGGCUCAGACUCAGGUGACGUGGUACAAGGAUGGCAAGAAGCUGAGCGGGAGCUCGAAAGUGCGCGUGGAGGCCACGGGCUGCACCCGGCGGCUGGUGCUGCAGCAGGCGGCGAAGGGGGACAGCGGGAAGUACAGCUGCGAGGCCGGGGGCCAGAAG